AUGGGUGAAGAUGGAAAUACCAGCACCUUCAACAUCUCCUACACCAACUUCUUCCUGGUGGGCUUCCCUGGAUUCCGAGAGUGGCGACCUCUCCUGGUCCUGCCCCUUACCUUCCUAUAUGUGACCGUCAUCUCAGCCAAUGCCCUGGUCAUCCACACAGUGGUGGCCCAGCGGAGCCUGCAUCAGCCCAUGUACAUGCUCAUCGCCCUGCUCCUGGCUGUCAACAUUUGUGCUGCCACUGCCGUGAUGCCCAAAAUGCUGGAGGGCUUUGUGCAUUAUGCUAACCCCAUAUCACUGCACAGCUGCCUAGCCCAGAUGUUCUUUAUCUACUUCACUCUUCUUCUGGACUACAAUCUCCUGCUGGCCAUGGCCCUAGACCGCUAUGUCGCCAUCUGUCACCCACUCCGCUAUACUGACCUAAUGACCUCUCACCUGCUUGGUGUGCUGGCCAUUCUUGCCCUGACACAGAGCCUGGGAGUGGCAGUGCCUUUGGUAGUGCUAACAUCACAAGCUCGAUUCUGCCGGACAAUGGUGAUUCCACACUUCACCUGUGAGUACAUUGCACUGCUGAGCAUAGCUUGUGGAGACUUGACUUUCAACAAUAGGUUGGGACUGGCCAUGCGGUUGGUCACUGUGACCUUUGAUCUCGCCCUGCUAGGGACCUCCUACACCCGCAUCAUUUAUGCUGCCUUUCGGAUCUCUUCUGGGGGAGCCCGAGCUAAGGCCUUGCACACAUGUGGCUCCCACUUACUAGUCAUCCUCACUAUCUACCUCUCUGGUCUCUCCACUUCCAUUGUUUUCCGGGUAGCCAAGACUGUGUCUCAGGAUGUCCAGAACCUGCUCAGUGCCAUCUACUUGCUGCUCCCAGGCACCUUGAAUCCUGUCAUUUAUGGGGUGAGGACCAGGGAGAUCCGGCAACAUGUGGAAAAGAUGCUCUUUAGCAAGAUAUCAGCCCAGGAAGUUGGGGAGAAGCCAGAGAGAAUGCAAAAUAUGAGGGGAAAUUGCCAGGGUGAGAGGACUUUAUCAACUUGA